CCCCCCCCCCCCCCCGCCGGAAGCGGCGGCAGGGCUCCGGGCUGUAAGAUGGCGGCGGCCGCCGGUAACGGCGCUUGAGCACGCCGCAGUGAGGUGCAGGGCCUGGUCCCGCUGCCAUGCCCAAGUACUACGAGGAUAAGGAGGAGGACGGGCGGGCCUGCGGGGGGGUGAGGGAGGACCUGCGGCAGUGCCUGCUGGAGAGCCCCUGCGUCCUGCAGGAAAACAAAAGUCCUAAACAAUGUUUGAGGGAAGGACACUGUAGGAGUUUGCAAAUGACGUUUUUUGCAUGCAAAAGAUCAAUGUUGGAUACCAGGGCAAGAUUCAGAGGAAGGAAGGGAUACUGAAGUCCUUGUGAAGAGACCCAGCCAUGGGAAAUCAGGGUUCAUCAGUACUUUAAGCAAAAGAGAGACUAAAGUAAGAAGAUUGUGUCUGCUGCAGCCUGUUGUGCAGUGUUUUCGUGGAAGGUAUCUACUCCCAAGUAUUCCGAUAGAUUGAUCUGGAUGCACGUCUAAAGGUUAAAAAGGCAGCAAGCAUAAAACUGCAGGUUCUGGCCAAAAUGGUACUUGUCACAUGCUUGCAAUAAAAUAUGCAAAAUCCAGAAUAAGCUGCAGAAGUUAUCAUUGUGCUUCAACGUGAAGUUGUCUUUUGUGGUUAUAGUAAUUCUGAUCAUGUUUUACUAUUACAAAUAAUACAAGAUAUGUUACCAGGAGUUCGCUCACCUGGUAUCCCCAAGUAUACCUCAGGGUAGAGGUGUUUCCAGAGAUGACAAGUUGACCGAGGUUGUGAAAUGUAUCUGCAAGCUGCUUCCUCCCCAAUAGGUUUGUUACCCAAUAAACCUGCACUACUAGGUAGGAGUGGCAAUGUUUUUGCAGUCCCAAAGGUACAAGGAUAGCAUCUCUUUCCUCUUGCUGUGAAUUCCUUUCAAUGUGAUGAUUGAUGUACAUGUUUAUUAACACAGCCUAGUCUCAUUGGACAAGUAGAUUAAAAUUUGGUUACUCUAAAUUAAAGGAUGGCUGGUUUAUCUUUCA